UCUUCACUGUCCAAACAGGAACUGAACAUGUCAAGGGGCGAUAACCCUGCCACUUCCAAGAUGGAUGCACCCAGCGAUGGUAAAGUCUGUGGGUUUCCAGUAAAAACAACACAGAAAGCUGUGAUGGUGAACAAUCAGAAAACUGACAUCCUAUGUAGCCACUUUGCAGACAAGCUUUUUGUGGUUGUCACACAAUUUAACAAGUUAGGAAACUUGAUUGAACUGACCAGGGAUGUUGCUGUUGAUGAUGCCAUAACUCCUUCCAGACCUUCAUAUUCCACCAAAGUGCUUAUGGGACGGGACGAGCCAUUGAUGCAUGUUCUUGCGAAGAAUGUACUUGGUAAGCUGGAUAUUAAGAAGCCGGUGAUGUUGGCACUGGCUCUGAAGGAUGAGUCGCCGAAAUCUGUAGCCCAGCUGAGUGAGGCGAUUAAGGGAAUAGUAUAACAUAGAAAACAGGCAUGUGCUCUACUGAACAAGGCCAAAUGACAAUGAAGUCAGAGGGGACUAUUUAUGUAGAUCUGGGUCCUUCUGGACAAGGCUAGUGGUUAUGGAGUAGGACUAUGUACACAGACACAGGAGACAGGUCUGGGCUCUUCUGUACAAUGGAGUCAGAGGGGACUGUGUAUGUAGACACAGGAGACAGAUCUGGGCUCUUCUGUACAAUGGAGUCAGAGGGACUGUAUACAGACACAGGAGACAGGUCUGGGCUCUUCUGUACAAUGGAGUCGGAGGGGACUGUGUAUGUAGACACAGGAGACAGGUCUGGGCUCUUCUGUACAAUGGAGUCGGAGGGGACUGUGUAUGCAGACACAGGAGACAGGUCUGGGCUCUUCUGUACAAUGGAGUCGGAGGGGACUGUGUAUGUAGACACAGGAGACAGAUCUGGGCUCUUCUGUACAAUGGAGUCGGAGUGGACUGUGUAUGUAGACACAGGAGACAGAUCUGGGCUCUUCUGUACAAUGGAGUCGGAGGGAACUGUGUAUGUAGACUCCAGAGAUUGGUCUGGGCUCUUCUGUACAAUGGAGUCGGAGGGAACUGUGUAUGUAGACAUAGGAGAUUGGUCUGGGCUCUUCUGUACAAUGGAGUCGGAGGGGACUGUGUAUGUAGACACAGGAGACUGGUCUGGGCUCUUCUGUACAAUGGAGUCGGAGGGGACUGUGUACACAGACACAGGAGAUUGGUCUGGGCUCUUCUGUACAAUGGAGUCGGAGGGGACUCUGUAUGUAGACUCCGGAGAUUGGUCUGGGCUCUUCUGUACAAUGGAGUCGGAGGGGACUGUGUAUGUAGACACAGGAGACAGGUCUGGGCUCUUCUGUACAAUGGAGUCGGAGGGGACUCUGUAUACAGACACAGGAGAUUGGUCUGGGCUGCUCUUCUGUACAAUGGAGUCGGAGGGGACUGUAUAUAGACACAGGAGACAGGUCUGGGCUCUUCUGUACAAUGGAGUCGGAGGGGACUCUGUAUACAGACACAGGAGAUUGGUCUGGGCUGCUCUUCUGUACAAUGGAGUCAGAGGGGACUGUAUAUAGACACAGGAGACAGGUCUGGGCUCUUCUGUACCAUGGAGUCGGAGGGGACUAUGUAUGUAGACACAGGAGACAGGUCUGGGCUCUUCCGUACAGACAAGUAGACAAGCAAUAUCCUUGUUAAAUGAGAGAAAGGAUGAAUCCUGAUGUUUGAACUUUUAUCUACUAUAUUGAGAUCGUCAGUUGCAAUAGAAUAAAUGUACCAUGUCUCCUUCACAAUACAAUACAUGUACCCUGUCUCCUUCACAAUACAAUACAUGUACCCUGCC